CGCCUGUAGGGUACCGCGUCUUAACGAUUUCCUUCGUAAACCUUUCUCUCUCUCUCUCUCUCUCUCUCUCACUCAACCUUAAUACUAUACAAUGCAGAAUCCACAACGCGAUCUUCCAGUCGUGCUGACAGGUCUGGCUACUUCCCACAACCCUGCUGAUUUGCGUGCAGUUGUCAAGAAAUUCUAUACCAACGACGCCUCUUUGCACCACCCUUUCAGGGUCAUAGAGCAUGGAACAAACUCGAGGCAGAAAAUCCUGGGCAUGUACGAGUGGUGCCGCAUCAUCAGCCCCGACACUACCUGUGGUGUGAAUGCAGUGUUUUAUGAUAGGAAACACCAGGUUGUUGUCGCCGAGGUAACUCGACACUUUCAAGUUCGAAUCAGUCCCUUCAAGGCAACCCCUUCUCGCUACAUUAUCCGUAUCAAGCUCCAGGAGCGAGACAAGGUAUUCUAUAUCUAUUCCCAAGAAGAAUUCUUGCACCCCAUGGACUUCAUGAAUUCAGUUCUGCCACCCCUUGCUCCGCUGGUCCGGCUUGCACUUGUCUUCUUCACAUUGAUGGAGGUCAUGUGCUCGAAGGUGUGGGUCUUCAGCUUGUUCCUGUGGGCGAAGCUCUUCGGCAUAGGUAGCGACAUUCAGAGAGGCAAAGUCAAAUCGGGCUUAACGAGGUUGGUGCAACCUGAAGACCAGGAGACGGUAGAUGCCAUAUUGAAGACUACGCAAUACGGACGGUCCGGAGGUAACACGAACAGUUAAAUGCUAGCGCAGCAUGCACACUCCAGCUUUGGCAUCUCCAGUCCAUUGUUUUCAUCAUCAUUCCCAGCUGUACUUGCAUAAGGAUCAGGACUCCCACUGUACUUUGAUCACCAACACUUAGAAACUGUAUUUUCAGACGCAGCCAUGAUCGUCGCUUUUGUACUAUGUUAAGACGUCACAUUAUACCUUGUUUCUCGC